AUGGACACAACAUCCGAAACAGAACACCCAACUGGUGUUACGGACCAUCAAACCCCAAGAAUAAGAAGAAGUGAAAGAAUAAGAGACGACAUCGCCGGAAGCAUACUCUGGCAAUCCCUCCACCGAACCCAAGCAGGAAACCCUCCCUCUCAAAUCUUCCAAAACCCGACAUCACCAGCACCCAAGGCUAACAAACGCACCAAACGACACCCCGUCCACGAACAAAACCGUCCUAUAAAUCCCCAACUCGACUCCCCUCUCUUCAACGGCCGCAUCCCCCCAGAAAUCCGAGACGAAAUCUUCCAAUACGCACUCACAGAAUACACAAAAACCGACCCUUCAUCCCAAUACGCGGUAUCAACCAACUACACACGACCAGGCUACACUGGCCAACGCACCGUCUCCACGACGCUGCUCCAAACCUGCCGUCUCGCCUAUCUCGAAACCUACCAUCUCCCCCCAACAAGCAAAGAACACGUCUUCUGGCACGCCCGCUGGCCGCCAAACCUCGACCGCGACAAAUGGGGCGACCACGUGCACGAAGCGCGGUACUUCCGGGAUUUUCAACCGUGGCAGAUGAAGUUGGUCAAGGAGAUACAUUUCUUCACGCAGCUGUUUUGGUUGGAGCAUAGCUUCCCGCUGUUUUGCAGUCAGGGGUAUUUGCAGGGGAUGGAGAGGGUCACGAUCACGAUUCGGAGGGGCGAUUGGUGGUGGAAUGAAAGGAAUGCUGCGUUGGAGAUUAAUCCGCAACGCGGACAUAGUAGUGAGGCUGGGGUGAUGAAGGCGGAUUGGGAGGCGGAACGGAGAGGUCAGGUCAUCCCUUGGAAUGAGAGCGGAUGGGGUUGUGCGUUUUCCAAAUUGAAAUCUUUGAGGGAACUUGUCAUUGAGUUCGAGACGAGUGAGGAUAAGAAGGAGGAGUUGAUGGCUAUUGUUGAGAAAGCAGCGACCUGGAGGUUCCCUUUGAAGGAGGGUGCCGUUUUGAGUACGGAGGGUGCGAAGGCUUAUGUCAGGACCUGGGAGACGCCCAAGAUCUAUUGGAGUGAUGAAUGUCCUUAUUGCACGCGGGCUAUUGCGUGUGGGAAAUUUGGACCACCGACUGAGGGGUGUGAGAAGAGAAGGAAGUUGAUGGCAGAGGACAAGGGUCCGUUGUGUUAUAUUGCGAGUUUGAGAUGGAAGAAAAUUGGCGGCGAGGUAAGAUCUACAGCUUGA